AUGACUCGAAACAAGCCUAGAUUAUAUGUUGUCUGCUUCUUCCGUACACCUCAACAGGGCGGAAACCCCGAUCCCUACCACUGGGGACUCGCCAGCGGGCCCAAGGGUGGCGGAAUGGACGGCAUGCUCCUUUACCAUGUUCGCAACAUCCCAACCGCUCAAGGAGUGCAAUGGCAGUUCGAAGAUCCACCGCGCAACCUCUCUUCCGGCCCUACCCCUGCCAUGCUCACCUUCACCGCAGUCGCCAAGAUCGAGGACCUUGAGCGCCUGGAGCAGGUCCUGAGGGAUGUUCCAAUCAAUACGGCUGCUGCUUGGGAUGUCUUCAAUUGCCAGAUCUGGGUUGAGCAGGCAUUGGCUGCCGUCAUGGGAGAUGGCAGAUGCGUGGGUACGAAUGCAAUUCCGGCGGAUUGGACCGUACUUCAUCAGCAAUGCACAUCAUUCUCGGAUCCGAUUCGGCAGAUGCGAGUUCAAGGGGAAACACUACCGUCUCCUAGACCGAUGCAAAAUCUCCUUCCAUCGUAA